AUGCGCUCAGGCUGGCGACAAGUGCUCUGGCUGGCGACCCUCGCUGGUCCCAUCAUCGCCGGCGCUUCCCUCGACGCUCCCGACUGGCUCUCCGCUUCGAACGACCAACUCGCCUUCUCCUCGCCCAGCGACGCCAAUGUGCGGCAGGACAGCGUUGUCAAGGUGCAGUGGGAGACGAGGGCGGGACUGGAGAAGGCAAUGAGGCAGUUUGAGGAGGCAGACCUUGACGUCUGGUUCGCAGGACGGCGAGGAAAGGCGUGGGAAGCGGUUGUCGGCUUCAAGGAUGGUCUGGCGGCGGAUGCAGCGACUGUUGCUAUGGCCAGUGACGAGUACGGCCCACCCAUGAGGGCGCAGCAAGUCCCGGUCGGCGACCGUCUCUCGACUUCGCUCCCGAAACUUCACUCUGCCGCCAUCCUUCGCAACCUCUCCUCCUCGAGCCUCCGAACUCUCGACGACCCAAUGCACGACGCCUACCACCCGUACGACAACAUCCACGAGAUCCUUGUCAAGCUCGAGGAAACCUACCCCGACUGGCUUCGCGUUGUCAGUGUCGGCAAGUCGAGCGAGGGACGCGAUAUCUGGGGCGUCAAGGUAUCGAACAUGACGUCUUCGGCGCCGCCUGAGGAGGAUGACGCCGAGGAAGACGUCGAGGAGGAGGACGAGGAGAUGGAGGGACCGGAACCGCUCAUCAGCGUCUUCACCGGCAAGGGCGGUCGCUCGCACACGGGCAAGCGGCACAAGCACAAGAAGCAUGGCAAGCUCGGCUUUGUCGUCGCGGGCACGCAGCACGCGCGGGAGUGGAUCGCGGCUUCGACGAUCCUCUACCUCGUCCACGACCUCGUCGUGCCGGGCGACACUGGUUCAACACCCUUCACGCGUUUGCUCAACGCCGUCGAGUUCACCUUUGUGCCUGUCGUAAACCCCGACGGAUACGUCUACUCUUGGGAGACGGACCGCCUCUGGCGCAAGUCCCGCCAGCCCGUCGGCGUCGACCCCGCUCGCGGCUGCUUCGGCAUCGACCUCAACCGCAACUGGGGCCACAAAUUCCAGCCCGGUACCCGACCAAACCCUUGCUCCGACUCGUACCCCGGUGCGAAGGAGUUCGAGAGCGUCGAGUUGCAGGCGCUGCGGGACUACCUGCUUGACGAUGCGAACCAUGUCGACGCUUUCCUCGACGUCCAUUCGUUCGGCCAGAUGCUGCUGUUCCCCUACUCGUACUCGUGCGACGCCCAGACUCCCGACCAGGAGAACCACUACGAGGCGGUCUUGCAGGCGGCCAAGGCGCUGCGAGACGUCCACGGACGGCAGUUUGAGACGGGCUCGGUCUGCGAGGUCAGCCUCACGAGUCCUGGCGAGAGCCUCGACUGGACCUACGCCGUCGCCAAGAUCCGCUGGUCGUUCGCCACUGAGCUGCGCGACAUUGGCGUGUUCGGCUUCCUCUUGCCGCCGUCGCAGAUCCGCCCGUCAGGAGAGGAGAUGAGCGCGGCGUUGCGCUCUCUGACGCAGUUCAUCUUGGAUGCGCGUCGCCCUCAUGCAGUCAUUAUGAAACGCUUGCUGACCCUUUUCACCGAGCAGAAGGAGGCGGGCAAGCGGUAG